AUGUGGUUUGUAGCGGUGCAUAUUGGAGCAGGCAACCAUGAGUCGACGAAUGCUGCGGUGGACGAAGCCAACACGUGUAUGCGAGUAGCCCUGGAAGCUGCUGCGCGUGUGCUUUCUGCAGGAGGUGACGCCGUCUCGGCAUGCGAAGAGGCCGUGGUCGUCUUAGAAGAUGCGGAGUGCACCAACGCCGGAUGCAACGGUCCCCAAGUCAACUUGACGACCGACGGUCGAGUCGAGACGGACGCGUCUGUCAUGAGUGGUUCUUCCAAUGCCAUCGGCUGCUGUGGAGCUGUUGAAGGAGUGCGGAACCCCAUUACUCUGGCUGUGCACUUACUUCGCAGCCAAGAAAGGCGACCACAGGAUCGCCAGCCUCCACUGUUCCUCGUUGGCCAUGGUGCCCUCGCCGAGGCCAAGGAUGCCAAUCUCUCCACCAUCAAUUACGACGACGAGCCCAUCCAUCCCCGCGCGUUGAUCAAGCACCAGGACAACGCGACCAGGUACUUGCUGGACACCGUCGGAGCCAUCUGCAUCGACAGCGCAGGACAUGCAGCCGCGGCCGUGUCCAGUGCGGGCAUUGCGUUGAAGCGACCAGGGCGAGUAGGCCAUGCUGGCUGUCCUCGCAUGGGCUGCUGCGCAUCGAACGGCUCUAGCACGAGUGCUGCGUAUGCAUUCAGCUGCACUGGCCGCGGGGAACAUCUUGUGCAGGGAGCGCUGUUGCAGCACUUGGAGCGACAAGUGGCAUCCAUGUCUGCCAAAGCGCAAGUGAACGACGUGAUCAACGAUGCCUUUAACGAUGCUAAAAGCAGCAACGCUGGCGUAGCCAUUGAAGGCGGCGUCAUUGGGUUAAUCGGUCGGCCAAGUAGCAACGAUGCUACAAACAAACGGCCACGACUGGUAGACGGACUUGACUUUGUCGUGGCUUUUACCACUCCGAGUAUGGGCAUUGGUAUGCUUUCCAGCAGCGACCCCGCCCCCCAUGUACGAAGGUGAAAAAACCUCUAGAAUCAAAUUAUAUUCAACAUGUAGAUGGAAAUAUUACGCAAUGGACCUACGGGGGGGUUGUUGUCUGCGCACGUGUGUGCCGUGCCUCCCGCGACAGAGUCCCAACACCGGAGCAAACGCCAUCGUCGUACAAGGCCAUAACCGCCCGUUCCGAGUAGAAUAUUAACUGUUAAUGGUCAGCCCCUGUUAACUGUU